AGAGAGAGAGAGAGAGAGAGAGAGAGAGAGAGAGAGAUGCAUGAGAUUUGGAGGGCUCUGCAAUGGUGGGACGACUGGCAGCUGCGCAUCCUCGUCCUCGGCAGCCUAGGCCUACAGUGGUUUCUGCUGCUGGCUGCUCCCAUGCGCAAGUUCAGCAUCCCACGCAUCUUCAGGACAUGCAUCUGGCUGGCUAUUAUUUCCAGCGAUGCACUGGCAAUCUACGCGCUGGCCACCCUCUUCAACCGCCAUUCGAGGGCCAGCGGCAACUGUGGCAAUCAGCAGCAGCAGCACUCGAGCAGCAUCCUCGAGGUCCUAUGGGCUCCUGUCCUGCUCAUCCACCUGGGUGGGCAGAAGGAGAUGGCAGUCAGCGUGAUGGAAGACAACGAGCUGUGGAUCAGGCACACCGUGACCUUGGUGUCCCAGGUCUCGGUUGCCCUGUACACGUUCUGCAUUUCAUGGCACAGCUCCAGCGAUUGGAAGCUGUUGGUGGCUGCAGUUCUCCUCUUCGUCAUCGGGGUCGCCAGCUUAAGCGAGAAGCCAUUUGCUCUCAACAGAGCUACAAUCAACAGAAAGGCAGCUUUGUCGUUCCAGAGGCAAGGAACCAAGGAGAGCAGGAAGAAACGGGUGGCCUUGUCGGAGACAGACAAGGUGUGGAUGCUACUUUCAGACAUGUCACUCCUAGCUGCUGCCAAUGACCUGGUAGCACGAGGGAGAGCUUUGAGUGUGGAGGACGUUCUACCACCUCUCAUCAUCACUGAGAAAGCGUUGCCGCGCUGGCUGGGCUAUGCAUUCGACUUCAUCUACGGAAACAUCUACGCCCCAGCUACCGUUGUUGUCACUCCUCUCUACCUGCUCUAUCAUCUGCUGGUGGUCCCGAUCCUGCACAUGGCUGCCCUGUUGCUGUUUGCAGUUAGCGACAAGAACCCGUACAAGCGCGCCGACGUGAAGAUAACAUACAUCAUCCUGUGCCUCACCGCUGCGCUAGAUGUGCUCCAGGUGUUCGUCCGCCAGCUUCUGUCCCGCCUCAUGUACAUGACAACAGUUCCAGCACUGUGCCAGACGGUAGCCAGCUAUAACCUAAUAGACACCGCUCUUUGGGAAGCCAACAAUGGGUGGAUAUUCAAGUUUGCCAGCCGCAUGCGCUCUUGCUUUUGCAUGCCUCAACAUUACGGAAAUGUUGGAGCACUUGUGAUGGCAGAUUUGGUGGAUGCACGAGGCAGAGACCUUGCCAGUUACAGGGUCUUCGAUGCAGCUGGGUUCAUCAGCAACAACUGGAUUCUAAGCAAGGAGCUGCAAGAACAUUGUGGCGUCCAGGUAAGAAAUAGCUUGUGUAAUGUCGCAUUCGACCGGAGCGUCCUCCUAUGGCACAUUGCCACCGAUCUGUGCCGCCGCUGCAGCAUUGGCAAUGCCGACUUUGUCGAUGAUGGAGGUGAACAAGGUGCACCAGCAGACGAAGAAGGAGUAGAAGACUCAAUGUUACGGCUUCGUAGGGAGUGCGUAGUUGCAAUAUCUGACUACAUGGCGCACCUGCUGCAUGUCAGCCCCGAGAUGCUGAUGACUGGCAGCAGGCACCAUCUCAUCUCCGAAGCCGUGGAGGAAGUCAAGUAUUUCUUUUUCAAGAAGAAGAAGAAGAAGAAUACGUUGAGCCAACAAGACAUAGAGCACUUUCUCGCCAUGGAGCACAAGCCUGUCGUCAAUGAAGAAGAUGAUGAUAACCGAGUUUUCCACACGGAAGAGGCAUCCAAGCUUGCGAAAGAAUUGAUGGCGAUGCCGGACGGUACACGCUGGAGGCUCAUGUACCGGGUGUGGUUGGGCAUGCUCUUCUACUCCGCCAGCAUGUGCAGGGGUAACCUGCACGCCAAGAGCUUGGCCGAAGGUGGGGAGUUCCUGUCUUUCAUAUGGCUUAUGCUCGGGCUCAAAGGGGCUAAGUUUUUGGCCGACAAGCUUCAGAUGGCGCCCUAGAUCCGAGUAAAUGGCACUGG